GUUGUUCGCAACCAAGGUCCCAUCUGUUUUUCCUCGCAUCCCUCGCAAGCACCGUUCUGUACCGCCCCAGUACCUUCGCGCACAACACGCCGCAGAAAGGCAUUCAAGACCCUUCUUGGACCCUAACCAGGAGUCAUACUCACGUCAAACCGGACAGGCUACAGUCUACGCUAGUCAACGAGACUCCCUCCACCCCGGAUUGCACCCGGCAACUCCCGACCAGACGAAACCAAGGAUGACGCGCGGAAUGAAGGGAAACCCGCGCGACGAGCCGCUCGUGCGCACGUCGAAGACGCUUUCAUGGAUGCUGCGGCACGGUGCCGCCAAUGUAGGGCUGCAGAUGCGCAAAGACGGAUAUGUGGACGUUCAGGACCUGCUGCGGCUACAGCAGUUCCGUGAGCUCACGUUUGAGCAUCUGCGAGAGAUUGUUGCCAAAGACCAGAAGCAGCGGUAUAACCUUACGUUGGACUCGGAGACGAGCGUAUGGAUGAUUAGAGCAAAUCAAGGACACUCGAUAAAGGACGUAACUCUGGAUAUGCAAAAGUUGAUGUCUGCUACUGACGUCCCUAUGGCCGUUCAUGGGACGACGGAGAAGGCUUGGGAGAGCAUACAGCGACAAGGUCUCUCCCGUAUGAACCGGCAACACAUCCACCUCGCGCAGGGCAUCCCAGACAGCGGUGUCAUGAGUGGCAUGCGCACCUCAUCACGCAUCAUCAUCCACAUCGACCUCGCCCGCGCACUCGACGCUGGCGUCCCCCUAUUCCUCUCCGCCAACGGCGUCGUCCUCACCCCAGGCGACGACCGCGGUCUCCUCCGCCCACAGCUCUUCUCGCGAGUGCAGCGGCGCGGUGCUAGCGGGUGGGAGGACGUGCCGGUGCCGGUGCUCUCCCCUGAAGAGGCUGCGGAGGCGGAAGCGGAAGCGGUGAGGACGAUGGAGGCGCUGGCCCCUGCCGGUCGGGGUGGAAGAGGGCGUGGCGGAGGAAGGGGCGGGCGAGGAGGCGGGAGGGGAAAGGAGCCUGCGCAAAUGGGCGGGGAGGACGUUCGGCAGACGAGGAGGCAGAAGGGCAAGGGCAAGGAGGGAGCAGACGAGGAACCAGCAGCGGUCGAGGUCUCAGAGGUGAAGACAACGAUUACCUCCGAAAAAGGGACAGACACGGUCGUAGAAGGUAUUGAGGCGAUCUCGCUCAAGUCUUAGGCCCUAAGGCUGGCAAUGGUUGUUUCCAACAAAUGUCCGACCUCUACACGAGCUCCCAUUCUUCUCCUCCUCCCAACUCUAGCAUCCUGUCUCCGUUUCCCGACAUCUUGGGAUCAUCCGUAGGUACCACAGCGAACUUUGCUUUGAAGUCGCUAAAGAAGAAUGGCCCGACGGCAUUCCCAGCCUCUUCGUGUGUCUGAGAUUGAUCAUGCUGCGUCGCCUCCUCUCCCCGCUCUUCAAUAACGAGCGUCUCCAGACUCUGCCUCUCGCGUUCCUCUAUCACCAGCUGAGCGGACAUCGCCACAGGUUCACCUGGGUACAGUAAACCAUUUCCAGCAACCUUUAGCACCCGACCUGUCCUGUCGUCGGCGAUCUCGAUGACAUCUGAGCCUAUUAUGAUCAACGGGCCACCAUUUAGAGGGCUCGGAGCGUUUGUUGCUGUGAUACGGAAGCGCGUUCGUUCCGUGCGGGACACGAGGAGCAUGUGCUUUCGAUAUAUAUUCCGUGGAAUGUACCAGAAAUCGCGAGGAUCCGCCUUGGAUCGGAUGAAGAAUCUGACGGAUAGCGUUGAAUGUAUGCGUUUAGUGGCGUCUAGAAUGGAGUUGCAGAGACCUGAAGACGUACGUGUUUCCGCUAAUAUGAUCCGUGACAUCUUGCGGAGGUACAAACUGCGGGCAUCCACC